UUGUCCCUUUCCAAAAUGGCGGCGCCCAUGAAGCGCUGUGUUUGAAGAGAAGGCAGGCCUGCACCACCAUGAAGGCCUCUUUCUCCUCACGGGGCCGCGGAAGGCAGGCCGGGAAGCAGCUCCACAAACUGGGCCUGGCGGUGCGGGAGUUCGUGGAGGCCUCAGUCCCGGCGGGGAGCGAGAAGAACGGAAGCAGCGUCUGUGUGGGCCUUCCCAAGCAGAGGCCUCGAGGGAAGCGCCGCCAGCUGAGGCGGGAGAAGCGCCAAUGGAAGAGAAAGCAACGGCGGUGGCUCCUGAACGGGGAGAAAGUGGAAGAGAAGGAAAAGAAGGCCGUUAUGGAGGUGAAAAGGCCUCCCCCAUCGUUGCCGCCUUCCUCAGGCAAAAAGGAGGAGAAGAAGCCGAGAAGGGAAGUUCUCCCCGCGGCGAAGGCCUCACUUGAGGCGAGGAAGAAGGCCCUGCUGGCGGCCAACGAGGCGGAGGAGAGGGAGAUCCGCCGCCUGGAGAGGCAGCUGGGCCUCGGGAAGAGGAGGAAGAAGCGGCGGCAGAAGGGCCUGGAGGAGGCCGAGGCGGCGGCCUUGCCUCGCAGCUUCGCCCUGGACGGUCUGGGCUACGUCUUGGGGGCCUUCGGGCCUGGAGACGCCUUCUCCGGCCUCUACGAGAGCAGCACCGAGGAGGAGGAGGAGAGAAAAGGAGGAAGAGAGCAGGAAGGAAGAGGAGGAAUGGCCGAGCAAGAGGGAGAAGAAAGUGAAGAAGAGGAGGAGGAAGAUGGUGAUGAUGAGGAGAAAGAGGAAGAAGAGGAGGAUUUGAGCAUGGAAGGAGAAGCUUCAGAUGAGGAUGUGGAGGAGGAGGAUUUGAGCAUGGAGGGAGAAGCUUCAGAUGGUGAUGAUGUGCAGAAGGAGGAUUUGAGCAUGGAGGGAGAAACCUCAGAUGAUGAUGGUGAUUUGGAGAAGGAGGAUUUGAGCAUAGAGGGAGAAGCUUCAGAUGAGGAGGAGGAGGAGGAGGAGGAUUUGAGCAUGGAGGGAGAAGCUUCAGAAGAAUCCAGUAUGGAAGAAGAAAAGGACAGUGAAGAUGAUGGAGAUGCUGCCAAUGAACUUCAAAGUUCAAGAGGCAGAACUUUGGAGUCGCCCCAAGAUGGCGAGAGCCUUACCCAGAGUGCCACUAAAUAUGUUCCCCCUCAGAUGCGAAGGUCUGAAGAGAUGUUAGAUGCAAAGAAGAUGGAAGAAUUAGAAAGGCUGAAAAAAAGUUUGAAAGGUUUAAUUAACAGGUUGAGUGAGCCAAAUCUAGCCUCCAUAAGCGGGCAAUUGGAGGAGCUAUACAUGGCCAACAGCAGAAAAGAUAUGAAUGAAGCACUAACAGAUAUUCUCAUUAGUGCCUGUGUUACGGCAGCUGUCAUGCCAUCCAGAUUGGUGAUGGAGCAUGUUCUUCUGAUUAGCAUCCUUCAUCGGACAGUGGGAAUUGAGGUCGGUGCUCACUUUUUGGAAACCGUGGUGAGGAAAUUUGAUGAAGUCUACAAAAGUGGGACUGAAGGAAAAGAAUGUGAGAACCUGCUUACCUUAAUAGCUCAUUUGUAUAACUUUCAUGUAGUGCAUUCGUUGCUGAUCUUUGACAUCUUAAAGAAGCUUGUUAGCACUUUUUCUGAGAAGGAUAUUGAACUAAUGCUGCUGCUACUGAAAAAUGUGGGCUUUUCCCUGAGGAAGGAUGAUGCCCUGGCACUGAAAGAACUUAUCACGGAAGCCCAGAAAAAGGCAAAUGCUGUAGGGAAGCAAUUCCAGGACCAGUCACGGGUUCGGUUUAUGUUGGAGAUAAUGCUGGCACUAAAAAAUAAUGACAUGAGGAAAAUCCCUGGUUAUGAUCCUGAGCCUGUUGAGAGAUUACGAAAGCUGCAGAGAACUUUGAUUCACAGCAGUUCUGGAAAAGAAGCACAGCUUCGUGUGUCCCUGGAGUCCCUCCUCAGUGCUGAUCAGGUCGGUCGCUGGUGGAUUGUGGGAUCAUCCUGGAGCGGAGCACCCAUGAUUGACAGCCCUAGUGACAAAGUUCAACAAGUACUUCCUGUAGGAAAGGUGAGUUCAAAGAUUCUGGAUCUUGCCCGUAAACAAAGAAUGAACACAGACAUCAGGAGGAAUAUAUUUUGUAUCUUGAUGACGAGCGAAGACUUUUUGGAUGCCUUUGAAAAACUUUUGAAGCUUAGGCUCAGAGAUCAGCAGGAGAGAGAGAUUGUCCAUGUCCUCAUAGACUGUUGUCUCCAAGAGAAGACUUAUAACCCCUUCUAUGCAUAUUUGUCUGCCAAGUUCUGUGAAUAUGAGAGGCGAUUCCAGAUGACUUUCCAGUUCAGUAUAUGGGACAAAAUCAGAGAUCUGGAAAAUCUGUCACCAACUACUUCCUCCAAUUUAGUCAAUCUCUUGGCUCACCUGUUGAAGACAAAGUCACUCUCCCUUACUGUUUUCAAGGUAAUUGAAUUCAGUGAAUUAGACAAGCCCAAAGUCCACUUCUUGCGACAAGUAUUGUCUGUGCUGCUGCUAAAAACAGAUCCAGAAGAUCUUAACCACAUCUUUGGAAAAUUGGCCGACAACCCCAAGCUAGGAAUGCUUCAGGAGGGUCUGAAGCUUUUCCUCACCCACUUCUUGCUCAAGAGUGUACAGUCUCAUAGAAGUGCUGAAGGAGCCACUCUACUGAGAGAGAGAAUUGAACUAGUAUCUAAAACUUUGAAAGCAAAAGAAUCAAGAGUAAAGUUAUAGUAUUAGAUGGUAACAGAUUCAUCGGAUGAGGACUUAAUUGAGGAACAUGGACUAAAGUUUUAUAAUUUUAUAAUUGUUAAUGAAUUGGGAACUUCAUGUUCUGAACAUGGAGCUGGAUUCAGUUUGGUAUUCAAACCCAUCUGUGUAUAUUUUAAAUAUAUAUUAAUAUAUUGAUGGUAUGUAAUGAUGGUUAUUUUACAUUCUGUUAACACAAGGCAGGGACGCCAGUGAAAUCUGAAUAAUGUCAGCAAUGUAUUUUUAAAAAUAAAAUUUCACUUCAUUUGUA